AUGUCAGCGUCUGAAAAUGCUUCGUCACCUGAAGCCUGUGAUGCAUCUUUGACCACAUCAGAGGCAGAACUGAGGAUUGUCCUUCUAGGAAAAACCGGAUCAGGACGGAGCUCCUCAGGCAACACCAUCCUGGGUAGGUCGGCCUUCAGGGUGGAUGUCUCCCCCUGCUCUGUCACCACAAGAUCCAAGAAAGAGACUGGGACAGUUGGCGGAAGGUGCGUCUCUGUGAUUGACACGCCAGGGUUCUUUCACACACACCUGACCCCUCAGGACAUCAUAAAAGAAGUGGGACACUGUGUAGUCCUGUCCUCUCUCGGACCCCAUGUAUUUUUGGUGACCCUGCGGCUUUGCAGAUUCACCCAGGAGGACAAAGAUGUCCUGGAGUGGACCCGGGCAACAUUUGGAUCUGGUGCUACCAGGUUUACGUUGGUGUUGUUUACAUGGGGAGAUCAACUUCACGGAAAUUGUGUUCAAGACUUUCUAGCGCAGAAUAAGGAGCUUUCAUCGUUUGUCAGAAGCUGCCGUGGAGGGUUUCAUGUCUUUGACAACAGCGCGCAGUGGAAUACGACCUCAUGCUCGCUUCAAGUUGAGCAACUUCUGAGAAAGAUCGACAAACUUGUGGCAGACAACGGAGGCGGUUGCUAUAGCGAUGCCAUGUUUAAUGAGGCAGAGAAUGCUAUCAAGGAUGCUCAGGAGAGGAUUCUGGAAGAAAGACGACACAGGUGGCUUCACACGGAGGAUGACGAAACAGAAGGGCAAGAGACAGAGUUAAAAAUGAGUUGUGGGAGAGAAGAAGAGGAAGCCAACCGGAGGGCCGAAAGACUCUUCUGGUGCGAGCUGUUGUACGCGCUAGGAAAAGGUGCGGCAGAAGGCGCUGGGAUGCAAGACGCAAACAAGAACAAAAGCAAGGCUUUGAAGAAAAUCAAAGUCGCGGAGAAGGCAGCAGCUCUGGUUACCUCGCCGUUCUCCAUCAGGUCGGCGGCCAAAGUGGUGGGAGGGGCUGUGAGAGAAGGAAGUAAGGUGCUGUACAAGCACAGGAAAACAUUUCUGAAAGAAUGA